GCUCACUGUGGAAAUUGGGUUGUUGGCUGUAGACUUUGGAAACCUCGCGGGACCACACCGUGGCAGAGCCGGUGCGAGACGGAGAGGUUGGUGCGUGUGAAACUACUGAACUGAGAGGGCGAGCGACACUCAGUGUCUCUUCGGCCCCCGAAUUGGGCGGGCUGCUGGGCUAGAGAGAGUGUCUUGAGUGAAGACCGCAGUUUAUGCGUUUGGAUUUUACUUCAACAGCUUCUUGAUACCUGACUUUUCUUCAUGUUAGUUCGAAUGUAGCGAUGAAUGGUUAUGCUUGCCUACUACGCCGCUGCCGGCCACCGGGGCGUAUGAUUCGUCUGUGCUUCUCGCCAAACCGGCGUUCGCAGCGGAUGGUUGGCAGGCGAAGCCGAGCCGGGCCGGGCCGGCAAGCGGACGACUGUACCAGGUGGCGGGCUUGCGGGGACGAGGGGAAGACGUUGACAGAGCUGCCCGCGCAUCAGCUUCGGCCUGGCGAAUGAAGGACAUGAAGGAGAAGCUCUUCUACCUACUAAAGCAGGUGGGCGGCCGUCCGACGUCCUCCUCUGCUGCCUGCGGAUUCGGGCCGCAGCGCUCCUCUCCGCCGGCAGUUCGGCUGCAAACGAACCCGGGAUUUGGCCUUCGCGGCUCCACGCUCGCCGCGCCCGGCGCCGCCUGCUCCGGGUCACAGGGUGGAGGAGUACCUGCGGCGGCAGCGUCCACGACCCGCAGCAUCCCGUUCGCGGGCCUCGGGAGGAUCAGCGUCGGAUCUGUGAUCGGAGUGGCCACCAGGCGGCCGGCGCCUCGUACCUCGUCCGAAACGAUAAUUUUUUCGCCCCGGCAGGCUCCGUCUGAGCGGUUUCGCGGCCGCCGCGCUGCGCCACGUGCAGGGCCAGGAGGCGCCUCGUCUAGGUGGUGCGGGCGUGAAUGGGAUGGCCCCGCGAGAGGGCCGGCCCAAAGACCGGGCGGCUCCGCCGCCAUCUGGGCCCGCCCUGCGAAUUGGCUGGCCCCGGAACGUGCCACGACUGCGCCGCGCACCUGCCUUGGG